AUUGCAGAGGAAGGGUAGCUUCGGCAUCUAAAACACGCUGGUAUAACGGUAAUUUUCCUCGUGACUUCGAAGUUUGCAGUAGAGUAGAGAAAAAGUUUCUGUAUUUUUUUUCUUUCUAAACACCAUUAAUGGAGGGAAGUUUGUAAAAGUCUCUCUCAGCAACCAAAGUUAAAAAAGCUACGCAUCACAGUUUCUACUUCUGGCGCCAUUUGCACUCGAUCUUCUCAGUUCAAAAUUUUUCUAGAAACAAGACAGAACAGUGUAUUCGUCGCUUUGCCUUGCUGAGUUGGGCAUGGAGGAGAAAGAAAGCACGGUUUCUUUGUCGCCGCUAAACUCGGAGUCCGAGUCACCACCGCCGGUGAGCAGCGGCGUAGUGCCACCGCCACACAUGAACUUGGACAUGAAUAUGAAUAUGAGCAUGGAGAGUUGCCUUGGCGGUGUGACAACCAACACCACCACACCACUGCUGCAGCCUCCGCCACAAUUGAACACCACCACCACCACAACAACAACAACGUCAGGAGGAGGAGGGGCUUUGCAAGGGAGUGGUACCGGCAGUGUUGAUUUGUUUGGGAGGAAGAAGAGAGGGAGGCCGAGAAAGUACGACGCGGAUGGGAACCUGAGAGUGCCCUACAAGGCGGCAGCGCCACCUGUUUCGCCGCCAUCGGGUUUUUCUUUGUCUCCAUCUUCGGCUCCGGAGUUAGCUUCCAAGCGAGGGCGAGGCAGGCCUUCUGGCUCUGGUACCUGGCAGGUUUUAGCGUCUUUAGGAGAAUUGUUCACCAGUACUGCAGGAGCGGACUUCACGGCUAAUGUGGUGACCGUAAAUACCGGGGAGGAUGUUGCUGGGAAUAUCCUAUCAUUUGCGAAGAGAGGUCCUCGAGGAAUCUGUGUUCUCUCUGCCAAUGGAGCUGUUUCCAAUGUUACUAUUCGCCAACCUGGUUCCUCAGGCGGUAUCUUGACAUAUGAGGGACGCUUUGAGAUUUUGUCCUUAUCAGGGUCAUACACAAUCACUGAUUCCAGCAAUGUGAAAAGUAGGACGGGUGGAUUGAGUGUUUCAUUGGCUGGUCCUGAUGGCCGCGUGGUUGGAGGUGGUAUUGCUGGUUCACUGAUGGCUGCUAGCCCUAUCCAAAUUGUUCUUGGAAGCUUCACGCCGAAUGGUUACAAGGCUCAUAAGAGGAGGCACUAUCGUGAGAAUGCAACGGCGGCUACAACCAUUUCCCCAGGAGAUACAGCAACUGCAGCAACACAAAUCUCACAAGCAAAACCAGUUUACGAAUCCUUUGCAACAUCUCUAUUAUCAGAACAAAGACAUGUUGAAGCGGAUGAUAAAGCUAGUGAUAAGCUUAUACCCAAUGUGGCGUCUUCCUAUAGCGCGGGCUGGAAUGGUGUAGAGCCCUUGCCAAGCCAGAGGCCAUCUCCUGACAUCAAUGUGUCUUUGCCCAGUGAUUAGGGAAUUAGAUGUACAAGGUUAUUUGAAGGCUGACAGGACUACUACUGAUCAACAUUAUUUUAUUGCAUUGUUGUUGUAGCCUUUAGAAUCUAUUUACUGAGAUAUUCUUGCACUUCUGCCUGAUAGUUAGACGCUGUUAAUUCUUUUUUACCAUGGCAUUAGACAUUCUUAAGCCAAGGCACUGAUCUGGAUGAUUGACAUAUAAUUAUGGAUAGUUAAAAUGUUUCUGCCAAAUUUAAACAGUUUUUGUUUGUCUAUUUUA